UUCCAUUCUUCAUAAAAUGGAAACUAACUGAUUUAUAUUGAACAGUGUAUUGUUUGUUUGUAUUCCCUCAUGUUUUUCGCACAAUUGUUGGUUGACAAGCAUGCAGCGGUUGACUUUAAGGCGUAGGUUGUCGUAUAACACCGUUUCCAACAAGAGGAAGAAAGUCAAAACUCCAGGUGGCAAGGUUGUCUACAUCUAUGUAAAAAAACGUGGAACGUUUCCAAAAUGUGGCGAUUGCAAAAGUAAACUUUUCGGUAUCAAACCGUCCAGACCGCGUGAAAGAACCUCAAUGAGUAAAAGGUUGAAGACUGUUAACAGGCCAUAUGGCGGUUCGCGCUGUCAUACUUGUGUCCGUAAUCGGAUUAUUCGUGCUUUCAUGAUGGAGGAACAAAAAGUCCUCAAACAACUCAUCAAGGAACAGAAAAGAAGAGAAAAGAAAGCCUUUGUAGAACACAAAAAAUAAAUUAUCAAACAAAUUUCAUGGACGUCAGAGUACUUUUGAUAUGCUUUGUUGGUGUUGAUUGCGUGUUUUAAAUAGUUCAUUCAGUGCUAUAAACCUUAUUUAAAUUGUGGGGUUAGAUAAACCUUGUUAUCAAGU